UAACAAUACAGGUGGCCCAAAGAUAGUCACCGGAGCUCCUGGGAAGGACAAGCAUGCAAAUGCGGGCGGCAGCUCUGCCUUCCGCAAGCCGGAGCUUGCGGUUCGCGCAACGCUGGGGCCAACGGCCUGUGGCGAGGUCAACAAUAUGCGCAUCAGCAACUCGUGAUACCGUGACGGAUCAGGACCGGGCCUACAUCCUGAAGGCUCUGGAGCUGGCGAAGCGGGCGCAGGGCAAGACCCACCCCAACCCUGCUGUGGGCUGCGUCAUUGUGAAGGACGGCAAGGUGGUGGGUGAGGGCUAUCACCCCAAGGCGGGCAUGCCGCAUGCGGAGGUGUACGCCCUGCGCGGAGCAGGCAACAACGCGGAGGGUGCCACUGCCUACGUGACUCUGGAGCCUUGCAACCACUACGGCCGCACGCCGCCAUGCAGCCGGGCACUGGUGGAGGCUAAGGUGGCGCGCGUUGUGGUGGGUGUGGGCGACCCCAACCCGCUGGUGGCGGCGGAGGGUAUCGCCACGCUGGAGAAGGCCGGCAUCCAGGUGGCCAUCAUGGACGGCCCCGAGCGCGAGGCCUGCUACGAGCUGAACCGCGACUUCAUGGAGCGCAUGAAGCUGGAGGCGGCGCAGGCGGCCCGGGCCAGGGCCGCCAAGGAGGCCGCGCGCGAGGCGAAUGAGGCCGCUAACAAGCAGGCCAAGCAGUGAUUGGUGGGGCAGCUGUGAUGCACUUGUAGACACUGGGUUGCGCGCUUGUAAAUGCAGUUUGUGAGAAGGGGCUGGUGGUGCGGUUGGCCUGGGGCGGUCUGUUGGGCGGUUGGCAGGCGCAAGUUGCGGCACAGUCGUGAUAGAGGUGGCCGGCUUCGGAGCAAGCGCGUGUGCACAUGCGCGGUGGACGUGUUGGGCGCGUUUUGCACGUAUCUUCGGCUUGCAAAUGGCGCAUGCGGCGCCGAGCGUUGAGCAAAUCGGUGGGGCGUGCGACAGCCGGACACGGUUGACCCUGACCCCGGAGAAUGCGUUUUGGUCUGUGCUGUGGUCAGCGCACUAAGCGGAGGUAGCUAGACCUGGAAGUGUGGGCUUGAGUACCGGCAAAUACAUGUUCGCACGCGCUCGUCGAAAUUCCGCUGCAGGAGGAAACACGAUGUGUUUCUUGAAUGCCGUUUUUGCGGGGGAGCUCCGCGCGAGGAGCGGGCACGGUUCGGAGGUGGGGUUUGGCACGCUGCACCCGGUCGGGGACAUUUUUGUGAUGACAGAUGUAAAACAUCGUAGUU